GUGUGUGAGGCGGAAGGGGCAGUUCCGAGAGAGACAGCUUUGAUACACAAACAAACAGGCGGUUGAAGCGACACACAGAGGGGGGAAAAAAACCGGUCACAUUUCUCAGGCACUCGACAACGUGCUGGUUAUUUUAGGACGCGUGUUGCUUAUUGAUGAGCAGGCAGGGGGCGUGUUUAAACUACUUCCACUACUGACAUGUUUUCAUGGUGACUGGCAGAACGCUCUGUGGGACUCUCUGAAUCGGUCAGCACCUGACUGUCUUUUCUGCUCCCGUGGAUCCACCUCAAGACCUUUUCUUGAUCGAUCAGCUCGCUCUUUUUCUCUCGAGACCUCCGAUGCCCAGCGCACAGUCCAGCUUGUCUGAUCUGUGGGAUUCGCUCUCUAUGCCUCGGCAGUUGAGGACUCUUUCACCUGUUUCUACCAAACUCCUCUGUGGUGAGCGCAAGCAGCUCGCGAACACCCGCGACUAGAGACCGCACAGCAGAAGACAAGCGCAGCAAACACUGGACAACAUGGACAACAGCCCUGGAGGUGGUGUUAUCCUGUACGCCGGCUCGUCUGGCAGUGCCAGCCCAAGUCCUGGCAGUCCCUCAAGUGGAUACCAGACGCAAUCGCCCUCCUCCCACUCACAGCCCUCAUCCCCAGAGGGUGUCUCCUUUCAGGAGAUUGGGGCCCUGAAGCAGGGAGGGGAACAAAGAGGUGGAACGCCAUCUCCGAAAAUGGUCUUCCAGUUUCCUGAAGUAAACAAUGCUCCAGUUGCCCAAAUUACAACUGCAUCAUCAGCAACCUACAACCAUCCCACUGUUGCCAAAAGACCUUGUGGGUUCACCGGAACCUUCACUAAAACUGGGGGCAUGGUACUCCUGUGCAAGGUGUGCGGUGACAUCGCCUCUGGCUUCCAUUAUGGCGUGCAUGCCUGCGAGGGCUGCAAGGGUUUCUUCAGACGCAGUAUUCAGCAGAACAUACACUACAAGAUGUGUGUGAAGAAUGAAAACUGCCUCAUCAUGCGCAUGAACCGAAACCGAUGCCAACACUGCCGCUUCAAGAAGUGUCUCUCCGUGGGCAUGUCCAGAGAUGCUGUGCGUUUUGGCCGUAUACCCAAACGGGAGAAGCAGAGGCUUCUGGAUGAGAUGCAGAGCUACAUGAACAGUCUAAACGAAUCAGCCUCGAUGGAAAUGGAGAUGUCGCCAACCACCGACACUCCCUGCAGUCCACAGAACCAGUCCAGUGAAGGAGCGGGCUCCAUGUUGUCGUCUUACCACAGCAACCUAAUAAACCCAGAUGAGAAACCAUUCAAGAUGGCUGCCAGCAACGGCAACAUUGCCGCUUCGUCUUUCCAGACCAGCUCUGUGCAGGAGGCCUCACCUUCACACACUACAUCCCAGGCACAGCACACAGUCCGGUCCGAGGUGACACCAAACUACCCCGUACACCCCACCUGCCCCAAUGCCCCCACCAGUAAUGAAAGCUCCAGUAACGCCAACUCUGCUGCCUCAAAGUACCACCUCUCCGGUCAAAGUCAGUGUCCCGUCACUGGCAGCUCCUCAUCUCAGUCCUAUGCUGCCAAUCAAAACAGUUACAGAGAUGCUACUUUCCAGAACCAAAACUCCUGCCCUUGGAAGCUGAGCGGCGGAGCCAAAGUGCUGGCAUGCCCGCUCAACUCGUGUCCAGUGGCACCAGCCAGCCGCUCCAGUCAGGAAGUGUGGGAGUCUUUCUCCCAGUGCUUCACCCCAGCAGUUAAAGAAGUGGUGGAGUUCGCAAAGAGCAUCCCAGGCUUCCAAACCCUCAGCCAGCACGAUCAAGUCAUGCUGCUCAAGUCUGGCACUUUCCAGGUGCUGAUGGUGAGGUUCUGUUCAUUAUUUGACCCCAAAGAAAGGACAGUGACCUUCCUGAAUGGACAAACCUACUCCCUGGCGUCACUAAGAGCUCUGGGCAUGGGCACUUUACUGGACAACAUGUUUGAGUUCAGCGAGAAGCUGUCGUCUCUAGGGCUGGAACCAGAUGAGAUGGCUCUGUUUAUGGCUGUGGUGCUGGUUUCUGCUGAUCGCUCCGGUAUUGUGGACAUGGGCGCAGUGGAGCAACUGCAGGAGAACCUCAUAAAAGCCCUGCGCUCCCUCAUCAGCAGUCGCCGCCCUGACGACAGCACACUCUUCCCAAAGUUGUUGCUCCGCCUCCCGGAUCUGCGGACUCUCAACAACCAGCACUCUGACAAGCUUUUAGCAUUCCGCAUAGAUCCUUGAGCGAAGACGGCUCAUUUCUCUCGUUGUCACGGAUCUUCCCAAGCAAGCCAGGUCAGCCAGGUUGCUGGUCUCGGCGUGACGGACCAUUCUUGUAGGAGCUGGGCCAAGUUAGACGAAGCGCAGUCUGAAGUGGACGGGCGAUAUCGAAGCAGAGGAGGAGGAGGCCCUUGAACUCAAGCCGAUCCCUCCGGGUGCUUUCAGGAUUGCCAAAUUACUAUUACAAACCUAAACUGAGUUCUUCCUUCCGUAAUCAUCAUCAUAGCACCAAGUCAUCACCUCACCUUUGACAUCCUCUGGAGACUUUGACCCCAUGCACAUGCUCGGAGAAAACAAUGGCGAACUUGCACCAACUAUGAUUUCUUUCAUGCUUCGAGUGUAAACAGCACUUUCUAUACAUUAAACAACCUCUUAAGUCGAUGUGUAUAAUAUAGCAAUAGAAAUGUCUGAGCUCUGAGAACAGUGUAUGUACGCCCUGUUGAUAAGACAUUAGCUAUUUUCAUAACAUGUCAUUAUGAAAUCUUUAUUAAAAUCACCCAUUUGUGAUUGAGAAAUGUAUAACAUUUUCAGAAAUGAGAGUAAGUUGCAUUGUAUUGGUAUGCGGUAAUCAGGGAGAAAAUAGUGGUCAUUUUCGACCAUGCCUGGUGGAUUUUAUUUUAAGAUGAUCUCUGUAAAAUAUGUAAAUAUAUAUACACUUUAUUCUUGGUUGGUACCUAUGUUAGUUUGCCGAGUCUUGGAUAUGUAAAUGAAGUACUGAAAAAAAUGUAUAUGUCAGCAUCAUGGAUGACAACUUAAAUUGCUCUACAGACUGCAAAUAGAUUGCAGCCUUUGAAUUGUGCACUCUGAGUAUGGACUUUUUAUUGGAGAAUAUAUAAUUGAAAUAAAUGUAUUGUCAAAUGACUGUAUCACCUUGUGAAUAUUUUGUAACUGUUUUGUGGUUACACAUAGAAAACCAUUAUUAAAUAAUGUUAAUUA